ACCUGGGUGCACUCCACCCCUCGCCCACCCAUCCCCAGGGCCCUGGGAUCAGUGACUCAUUUCAUGGCCCCUAAAGAUUAGAGCCACGUGACCCCUCGAGGUCCUGGACCCCGUUCACCUCUCCUGCAGCGUCUCGGGACUCUGACAUUUUAACCCUUCCAACAACCUCCUCUCCAAAAAAAGAAAGAAAAAACCACUCCUGCAGCCCAGAGAUACAUUAAAGACUUCAACUCCCAACAGCCCUUGCAGCUCCGGUGCGAUGAAGCUGCAGUAGCACUAGCAGCAAGACCUACUGGGAGUUGUAGUCCGUAAGCGUUUAACACGCUACUGGGGGCCAGGAGGUGGGAGGGGGCGGCUGGACCUCUCUGGGGUCACCUGGGGUCGCGCAGCUACUUCAAGUAGAGCAAGAUGCAAAGCUUGGGCUGAUUUUUUUCCCUUCCUGGCUUGAGUCCCCAGAUUAGACACACUAGCCCUCCUUCUUUCCACCUGGCAAGCGUGGGGACCGGUCCGCAGCGGCUAGACUUGUCCACCCUACAACCCCCAUGGGCUACCGCCCUCCGCCACCUCGGCUGCCACCCAGGACAAGGCAGGGUUAAGCACAGGUCUCCAGCCAUUGUGUGGCUGUCGGAUCCAGCAUCUCUCUCUUCUGAGCUACCUGUCUCUCUUUGGAAGUGUAGGAUCACGUGGCCAUUAUGUCUGGGGACUAUGAAGAUGACCUCUGUCGGCGGGCCCUCAUCCUGGUCUCAGACCUCUGUGCCCGGAUCCGAGAUGCUGACACCAAUGACAGGUGCCAAGAAUUCAACGAACUGCGAAUCAGAGGCUAUCCCCGGGGUCCGGAUGCAGACAUUUCCGUGAGCCUCCUGUCAGUCAUCGUGACAUUCUGUGGCAUCGUCCUCUUGGGUGUCUCUCUCUUCGUGUCCUGGAAGUUGUGCUGGGUGCCCUGGAGGGACAAAGGAGGCUCAGCAGUGGGCGGUGGCCCCCUGCGCAAAGACCUAGCCCCCGGGGUUGGGUUGGCAGGCCUAGUAGGAGGUGGUGGGCACCACCUGGGAGCCAGCUUAGGGGGCCAUCCCCUACUGGGUGGCCCACACCAUCAUGCACAUGCAGCCCACCAUCCACCCUUUGCCGAGCUGCUGGAGCCAGGUGGUCUUGGGGGUGCUGAACCUCCAGAACCUUCCUACCUGGACAUGGACUCAUAUCCAGAGGCUGCUGUGGCCUCUGUGGUAGCCGCUGGGGUCAAACCAAGCCAGACAUCCCCAGAGCUGCCUUCUGAGGGCGGGACAGGCUCUGGGCUGCUCCUGCUGCCUCCCAGUGGUGGGGGCUUGCCCAGUGCCCAGUCUCAUCAGCAGGUCACGAGUCUAGCACCAACCACCAGGUACCCAGCCCUGCCCCGGCCCCUCACUCAGCACACUCUGACCACCCAAGCAGACCCAAGCAGCGAGGAGCGACCACCUGCACUGCCCUUACCCUUGCCGGGUGGCGAAGAAAAAGCCAAGCUCAUUGGUCAGAUCAAGCCAGAGCUGUAUCAGGGCACUGGACCUGGUGGCCGGCGAGGCGGCGGGGGCUCUGGGGAGGCAGGGGCACCCUGUGGCCGCAUCAGUUUUGCCCUGCGGUAUCUCUAUGGUUCUGACCAGCUUGUGGUACGGAUCCUGCAGGCCCUGGACCUCCCAGCAAAGGACUCCAAUGGGUUCUCAGACCCCUAUGUCAAGAUCUACCUGCUGCCUGAUCGCAAAAAGAAAUUCCAGACCAAGGUGCACAGGAAGACGCUGAACCCUGUCUUCAAUGAGACAUUUCAGUUCUCGGUUCCCCUGGCUGAACUGGCCCAGCGCAAGCUGCAUUUCAGCGUCUACGACUUUGACCGCUUCUCACGGCAUGAUCUCAUCGGCCAGGUGGUUUUGGACAACCUGCUGGAACUGGCUGAGCAGCCCCCGGACCGUCCGCUCUGGAGGGACAUCCUGGAGGGUGGCUCGGAAAAGGCAGAUCUUGGGGAGCUCAACUUCUCACUCUGCUACCUCCCCACGGCUGGGCGCCUCACCGUGACCAUCAUCAAAGCCUCUAACCUCAAAGCAAUGGACCUCACUGGUUUCUCAGACCCCUAUGUGAAGGCCUCUCUGAUCAGUGAGGGGCGACGUCUGAAGAAACGGAAGACCUCCAUUAAGAAGAACACGUUGAACCCCACAUAUAACGAGGCCCUGGUGUUUGACGUGGCUCCCGAGAGUGUGGAGAAUGUGGGGCUCAGCAUCGCAGUGGUGGACUAUGACUGCAUUGGCCACAACGAGGUGAUCGGUGUGUGUCGUGUGGGUCCAGAGGCUGCGGACCCACAUGGCAGAGAACACUGGGCAGAGAUGCUGGCUAACCCUCGCAAGCCUGUGGAGCACUGGCACCAGCUGGUAGAGGAGAAGACUCUAACCAGCUUCACGAAAGGCAGCAAAGGACUCUCGGAGAAGGAGAACUCAGAGUGAAGGCAAGAUCCAGAGAAGGCAGGUCUGGUCUAAGCCUGGGAUCAGAUCAGCUACCCUCAGGACCCCAUCCCUUCCUGCCCGGACUGUGAACUCAUCUCGAAGCCAUAAUGUCCGAGCUGCUGGUGCGGGGCGGCCUGGGCCUGCCCUCCUUAUCCUGGAGGUGUGAGGCUGGGAGGCCGCAGGUCCAGCUCCCUGUUUCAGGGUGGGAGGUUCUCAGCCUCCACUGUCUGUCUCUUAUCCCCAGAGUUCCCCCUAGAGGCCAGGGGUUGUGCAUGUCUGGGGACCCCUGCCCCCAUUCCUCUGUCUGACUGUCUGUCUGUCCCUUUGCUGUUGUCUAAGUCUUGCUGUUCUGGCCUGUGACCUCACCGUGAAUGUCAGCAGACCAAUCUUUGAUGUCCCCUGAACAGACACACCCUCCAGCGUCCACCCCUUGUGUCCCCCCAUCUGCGUCUGGCCAAUCCCCCUCUGCUGCUGCUAUCAUCACCAGAAAUAAACACACUCUGUGGGUGUCCUUCCA